AUGUCGAAAUACUCGAGCAAGUGGCUGAAGGUCUCUGAGCCCGUCCCUCAUGUUCUCCUCAUUGAGUUGAACAGGUUCUGGAGGGCCUACGGAAACCUCUUCGAAACCAUCGUCGAGGACGGCUACGACGUGCGUGCAGCCGUCGUCUCAUCCACCUUCCCCAAAUUCUUUACCGCCGGGCUGGACUCUAAUGCCAUUCACGCUGCAGUGAACGACGCGGGAGUCUUGGGUAGCGACGGCGCCGACACGUCCCGGGAUGGCGCCCGCUCCUCCCUCGCCAUGCGCAAGACCCUUCUCGAGUUCCAAGAGGCCAUCGGCAAACCCGAGCAAGCGCCGUUCCCUGUCAUUGCUGCUAUCCACGGCUGGUGCAUUGGGCUGGGUGUGGACUUGACCUCGAUCUGCGACAUCCGCUACGCUGCUUCGAAUACGACUUUCUCUAUCAAGGAAGUAGACAUUGGCCUCGCAGCGGACAUCGGCACCCUCGCCUACCUCCCCAAGAUCACCGGCAACCAAUCUCUCAUCCGCGAGCUCGCCUAUACUGCGCGCAACUUCUCCGCUGCCGAGGCUGAGAAGAUCGGUCUGGUCAGCAAGGUCGUGGAGGGUGGAAAGGACGAGGUUGUGAGGGAGGCGUUGAAGUUGGCGGAGUACAUCGCGAGCAAGAGCCCCGUGGCGGUUUCGGGAACGAAGCAUCUCAUUACGCACGCUCGUGACCAUAGUGUCCCAGAGAAUUUGGCGUAUACGGGUGCAUGGAAUGCUGCUGCUUUGAUGACGGAUGACAUCUUGGAGAAUCUUAAAGCUACCAAGACAAAGAAGAAGGCAAAUUUCAAGUCUCUCAAGGUGGAUUCUGGGUUGGCAAAGCUGUGA